AUGCCCACAUUAUUCCUUAUCAUCGCAUCGCUCCUCCUGGCGUCUCUGCUUCAUUGGUGGUUCAAACGACCGUCAGUCAAGCACGUCAAGGGACCACCAUCGGCCUCUUUCUGGCUAGGCCACGAGGGCGUCCUCCGCGGUCAAGAUAAUGCUGGUGAUCUCGAAAUGAAAUGGUGCAGGGAAUAUGGUACCGUUUAUCGUAUUGCGGGUUGUUUGGGGCAAUCCGUCUUGGUAGUGUGUGACCCAAAGGCUCUCGAACACGUUUUCCACCCAUCACGACCUUACCCAAAGUCGAAGGACACGCUUUUCCUCAUAGAUCUCAUCAUUGGCAAGGGACUUGUCACCGUUGACAAUGACAAUCAUCACCGCCAACGCAAGAUAUUGAAUCCGGCGUUCCCUUCUGCGCAGCUCCGAAAAUAUCAGGUCAUCUUUCAGCAAUGCAGCGACAAGCUCGUGAAUGAUAUCCAAAGAUCUCUGACUGGCUCAGAUGAUACCGUCAAUGCUGUUGAUUGGACAGGCAAGGUUUCUCUGGAUAUAAUUGGGUUAGCCUCUUUCCGAUACGAUUUCCGUGCGCUCGAUGGUCAGGAAUCCGAGUUGGAGCGUGCGAUGAAGCAUCUUUUCACUGCCUCGCAAGUCAAUACGACGGCAUCAGAGCUCAUCUUCAUAGCCCUGAUACGAAUGCUUCCGUAUUGGGUGUUAUGGUUUCUACGCUUGAUCUCUACUCGAGAGAUUCGUCUACUUGCCAGCUCAGGAAACGUGGCUAAGAAAGUUGCCCGAGAAGUCAUGGUUCGGAAUAACGAGGUGCAGGUGUCAGACGGCGACAGAGAUAUCGUCAACGUUCUAGGUCAGAACAUUGCAAGAGCACGUUCAGAAGGCAAAAUGCAGGAUGACGAAGUCGAGGCGCAGCUGAUGACCUUUGUGGUUGCAGGGCACGAGACGUCGAGCACCAGUAUGGCUUGGAUAUUAUACGAACUGGCGGUACAUCCAGAGUAUCAGUCUAUAAUUCGUGCAGAGCUCAAACAAUCAAACGACUACGACUCUAUGCCGUUUUUGAACGCAGCUAUCAAAGAGACUCUCCGUAUACACCCAAUGGCUCCUUCCUUGACACGUACCGCUCCUCACGAUGAUGUCCUACCUCUUUCCGAAGGGAAGACACUUGCCAUACCCAAGGGACAGACACUUUUUUGUUCAGUUUAUUUAUAUAAUCGUCUUCCAUGUCUCUGGGGAGACGACGCAGAAGAGUGGAACCCGGCUCGAUUUUUCGACAAGACUCUUCCUGGGUCACUGGGUGUGUAUGCUAAUCUGAUGACAUUUAGCUCUGGAUCUCGUUCAUGUAUCGGAUGGCGUUUCGCAGUCAUGCAAUUGCAAACAGUCCUAGCCAAUCUGCUUCUGCACUUCGAAUUCAGUUUACCCGAGGGAGGUGUAGAGAUCCAACAUUUCCCCGGAUCACCAGGCGUUGUACCCGUUGUGAAGGGCAAAGCACAUUUAGGCUCUCAAAUACCCUUAAGGGUGGGAGUUUUACAUUAG